AUGGAUUCUUCUGCAGGUUUACUCACCAAAUUGUGGAGCUUUAUUUCCUUCCUCCCUUUCUUCUUCUUGCUCUUUAUACUUGGUAUCACCAAAGCUACAUUGAUUGGUCCAAUUGCAUUUGCUAUUAUGCUUGUUGGAAACUCAUCUGUUAUCAUUGGACUUUGGACAGCACAUGUUGUUUGGACAUACUAUUGUUUGGCCAGAACAAAGAGAUUUGGACUAGUUUUCAAGGUUGUGAUGUUGAUAUGUUUGCCUCUUCCUUUGUUACUUUGGCCAGUAGUUGGGAUUGGUGGUAGCAUUUUAGGUGGAAUUGGAUAUGGCUUUUUUGCUCCUCUUUUUGCAACUUUUGAGGCUGUGGGAGAGAAUAUUAAAGACAAAUUCUACCAUUGCUUCAUUGAUGGUUGUUGGUCAACAAUUAAAACAAGCUGCACUGUUGUUGAGGAUGUGACAGAUUUUUGCUUUCACUCCUAUUUUUCAUACAUGGAUGAACUAAGAGAAAAUUUACCUCCUCAAGAAAAGCCAUUUGAUCUCAGAUUGUCUUUAUUACCAUGUUGCUUCUUGGUGAUCUUGGUUGGUGUGCCCUUGGAUGUGGUUUUAAUCACAUCUAUUGCUAUAUGGAAGAGCCCUUACAUGCUGUUCAGAGGAUGGAAGAGACUAAUAGAAGAUUUGAUUGGAAGGAAAGGACCUUUCUUAGAAACGGAAUGCGUCCCGUUUGCUGGCCUUGCCAUUAUCCUUUGGCCUUUGGCUGUUAUAGGAGCUGUAUUAGCAGCUACAAUCUUCAGCAUUUUUCUUGGUCUAUACAGUGGAGUUGUUGUCUAUCAGGAGGACUCAAUGCAGAUGGGGUUUGCUUACAUUGUGUCUGUGGUUUCAUAUUUUGAUGAAUAUGUGAAUGAUUUACUCUUCUUGAGAGCCGGAUCCUGCUUUCCCAGGCCAGCAUACCGUAAAAACAUGAGGCAUGAGAAGAACCUUGAAGAAAGUGAUCAUAAUUUGAAAAACCGGAGAGAUAGUUCACAAAACUUGGAACAUACACUACAACAAACCAGAAGUAUGAAGUGGAAAAUUCAUCACUACAAACCUGUGCAGAUUUGGGACUGGUUUUUUAAGUCAUGCGAGGUAAACGGAAGAAUAGUCCUCCGCGACGGUCUUAUAAGUGUGAAGGAAAUCGAGGAAUGCAUUUCGAAAGACAAUUGGAAAAUAUUAAGCACCAAGUUACCAGCAUGGUCUUUGCUCCAAUGUCUUCUAACAUCAGCAAAAUCAAAUUCAGAUGGGUUGAUUAUAUCCGAUGAUGUAGAACUGACAAAGAUGAAUGGACCAAAGGAUAAAGUGUUUGAGUGGUUUAUUGGACCUUUACUAGUCAUGAAAGAUCAACUUAAGAACCUUGAGCUGCAAGAAAGUGAAGAAACUUGUUUGAAAGAACUUGUUAUGAGAUGCAAAAACAAUAUACCUCAGGAUUGGGAUAGCACUGGAUUCCCAUCAAAUGACAAUGUUAGAAGAGCACAGUUGCAAGCCAUAAUUAGAAGAUUGCAGGGGAUUGUGGCUUUGAUGUCGCGGAUGCCAACUUUUCGAAGAAGAUUUAGGAAUCUAGUGAAGGUUUUGUAUAUAGAAGCAUUGCAGGCAAGUGCUUCAGCUAAAGAAAGCAACAAUAUUGAUGAACCUUAG